AUGCAGCUCCUCGCUUCUGUCGCUGCGACUGCUGCAAUUCUUGCGGGCAGCGUCUCUGCCGCAAACUUCACGGGCGAUGUCUUGAAUGGCGUGCCGGUCAUUCAUGACCUGAACCUUGCCGACGUGCCUGCUCAAAAGGUUUCGCGAUACUAUCUGCGCGUCGGCGAGCUCAAUGGCGGCCACCCGGUCCACAUUCCCGUGAUGGUCGCACGAGGUACCCCAGAGAGUCUCGAGACAGGGCAGAAGCUGUCGCUGUCCGCUGCAAUCCACGGCGACGAACUCAACCCCGUCCGCGUUGUCCAGCGCAUCUUCGCGCAGCUGGAGGACCAGGUCGCGACGCUGAACGGCACUGUCAUCGGCAUUCCCACGGUCAACCCCAUGGGCAUCUAUCUCAACCAGCGCAACUACUUCACCGCCUCGGCAUCCGGCUCCCUCACAAACGUGAACCGCGUCUUCCCCGGCGUAUCCGCCGAGCUUGGCGGCAGCGGACCCAACAUCCUCGCCUACAACAUCUGGAAUUACCUCUGGGGCAACGCGUCCCAAGUGGACGUUGGGAUCGAUCUGCACACGCCGUCGUCGGGCGGCGAGACCAGUCUCUGGUGCUACGCCGACUGGCGGCUACCGUACGUCGAGCGCCUGAGCAAGCUGCUGCAGCCGGACACGCUGAAGAUCGACGUCGGCGAGCCCGGCAGCAUCGAGACGACCUUCGUCGAAUCCCAGAUCCCAAGCCUGACGGUCGAGAUGGGCGAAGCCAAGGUAUGGAACACGUCGCUGAUCGACCGCACCGUCGCCUUCGUCGAGCGCGUCAUGCUGGACCUGCACAUGACGCCGCGCAACGGCACCGUCGAGCCGGACCUCAGCGCUGUCUACGUGGCCAACACGUUCCACGACUCGUACACACAGCACGGCGGCUUCGUCGAGCGCCUGGUCGGCGUCGACGAGCCCGUGACCAAGGGCCAGCCCAUCGCACACGUGCGCAACGCGUUUGGUGAUAUCCUCGAGACCAUCGUCUCGCCCGCCGACGGCCGCAUGUUCCAGAGCCCCCGCGAUCCGUCGUGCGAGCCUGGCAGCAGCGUGGGGCAGAUUGCGUACAACUCGACGGACCCUGAGUGCGCUGACGGAUGUAUUCUCAGCGGCCCGGGGAGCGCGCGCAGGAGGUAG